UGUCCAGAUGAUUAGGAUUGAUAAAGAACAGGCGUUAAAGCUUGUGAACAAGAAGAUAUCAGUGUCUGAUGACUUAACCUCGAUCGAGGCUCGUGUGCUUCCUCCUCCGACGUGAAGAAAUAACCGUGACUCCAAAUGAGGGAAAAUGGAACAUGUUUAAAAAGAAAAUGAUCAAUGGAGCAAGUGUAACUAGAUGGACUUGUGUAAAUUUCUCAACGCUUAGCCCUAUUUCAGCCACAAAAUUCUGUCAAGAAUUGACUAAGAUGUGCAGAGAUUUAGGAAUGCAUAUCCAACAUAUUACUCAAAUCAUCUCUUAUGAUCCUGAAAAGAUUGAGGACGCACUGCGAGAGAUCCACAAAAAGACAGCUGACCUCCAACUUUUGAUUGUGAUAUUGCCUGAUAUGACUGGAUCAUAUGGAAAGAUCAAAAAGAUAUGUGAGACAGAGCUGGGCAUUGUCUCGCAGUGUAUUCGGCCAGGAACGAUACUUGAGCGACCACACUUGUUUCUCCCCUCGCUAGCCUUGAAGAUCAAUAUCAAGGCUGGGGGGAAAAACUAUGUUCUUGACAAACACAUCUCGAUGGUACAAGACACGCCAACAAUAAUCUUCGGUGCUGACGUCACGCAUCCAACAAAGGCCGAACAAUCUUCUCUCGCUGCGGUUGUUGCUUCCAUGGACUGGCCUGAGAUAAGCACAUACCGAGCAUUGGUUUCUGCUCAGACUGGAAGACGUGAAAUUAUCGAGGACCUGUAUAAGUUGGACGGCCAAGGAGAACACACUGGAAUGAUAAGGGACCAUCUCUUAGCAUUCAUUAGAAAGACAAAUCAAAGACCUGGAAGACUCAUCUUCUUCCGUGACGGGGUAGGGGAAACACAGUUUGGGGACGUGUUGCGUUUUGAGCUACAGGCUAUACGCAAAGCUUGUUCGUCUAUAGAGGAUUUUCGUCCAAAGAUAACCUUUGUGCUUGUCCAGAAAAGACACCACACGCGGUUGUUUCCUGCUCAAGCGGAUAAGAAGGAUGCUGCUACUGGCAAUGUUCUUCCAGGUACUGUAGUUGACACAGUUAUUUGUCACCCGCGCCAGUUUGAUUUCUUUUUGAACAGCCACGCAGGUGUGAUGGGUACAAACAGAUCUACCCAUUACCAUGUUCUCUUGGACGAGAACAAAUUUUCUGCUGAUGAUUUGCAAAGGCUUACUAACGACCUUUGCUACACGUUUGCCAAGACUACCAAUUCUGUCUCGCUUGUCACCCCUGUCUUCUACGCCCAUUUGGCUGCGUUUAGAGCACGCUACUACGUGGAGGAUGAAAUGUCUGCUGUGCAUCUUCCGACAGUGAAAGAUGAAGUGAAAGAGAAGAUGUACUUUUGCUAAUGUUUGGAAGGACGAGGAAAUAAAAAAACAUAGCAUAAGAUAAAUGGUGGCCGAAACUCUAUGCCCCAAAUUUUUAGUCCAAAAAAAAACUCUAUGCCCCAAAUUUCACUCUUUUUUGUUUUGUUUUCGCACCUACUGUUACAUAUGCUUUUAAUAGUAUAGAUAUGGAACAUCUACCUGUUUAUA